AUGUGCGUAAAACCCAUGUAUGGCAGUGAUACGAAAUUCCUGCUUUUUGCUGAAUACAUUGAACAUUAUAAACUGCAAGGUGUCCAACAUUUUUACAUUUAUGUGAAGGAUGUGGACCAAUAUACGAACAAGGUUUGCAGUACUUCACAUAGUAAAUUAAUCAUUCAAUUGACCAAUAAUCAAGAGGAGGUAAUAACUGGGAUGGGCUCAAAAACAGUUUCAUGCUGCAAUACCGUCCUGUGCUCUUCACACUGGAUAGAUUGUAUCCAUCGAAGCCGACAUCAUUCCAAUUACACGAUCUAUGCCGAUUUAGAUGAGCGUAUUUUGCCCACGGACACGAACACAACCCUAUCUGCCUAUACAACGUUAGUUGAGUUGCCAAUAAUGAUGAUAAUUCCUUCUAAUAAAGUAUCACCCAUUGAAACUACGAGCACCAGCAGGAAAGGAAAGAAUAGAAAAGGGUCACCUCUGUCACCUGUAGGUGAUGUGAUCUAA